AUGAAGUCCCUCUCCAUCCUCACCGCCCUCCUGGGCCUUGCCUCCGCCACCGCCAUCCGCUCUGAAGCCCGCCCCAAGCGGACUUCGUACGAUGGCUACAAGGUCCUCCGUAUCGCCGCCGGUGAUGAUGCCGCCAAGCUGAACAAGAUCAUCGCCGAUCUCGACCUCGAGACCUGGAAGGGUGCGGCCAAGGUUGGCGGCCACGCCGACGUUGUCAUCCCGCCCACCAAGCUCGCUGCCUUCAAGGCUCAGGCCGCGGGCUUCGAGACCCUCACCAUGCACGAGGAUCUCGGUCUCUCCAUCGCCGACGAGUCCGGCUUCCAGGCCUAUGCCGGCACCGCCAACCAGAGCUGGUUCAACUCGUACCACGCCUAUGCCGACCACUUGACCUUCCUCAAGGAUCUCGUGACUUCCUACCCCAGCCAGUCCGAGAUUGUCACCUCGGGCACCUCUAACAACGGCAACACCAUCACCGGUAUCCGUUUCUGGGGUAGCGCCGGCAAGGGCGUCAAGCCCGCCAUUGUGUUCCACGGUACCGUGCAUGCGCGCGAGUGGAUCACCACCAUGGUCACCGAGUACCAAGCCUGGUACCUCCUGUCCAACUACGCCACCGACGCCUCCGUCAAGGCCUUUGUCGACAAGUACGAGUUCUACGUCUUCCCCAUCGUCAACCCGGACGGCUUCAUCUUCACCCAGACCACCACCCGCCUGUGGCGCAAGAACCGCCAGACCAACUCCGGCUCCACCUGCAUCGGCCGCGACAUCAACCGCAACUGGCCCAUCCAGUGGUCCGCCUCGGGCGGUGCUUCCACUUCCCCUUGCGCCGAGGACUACAAGGGCGCCAAGCAGAGCGACGCUCCCGAGACUACCGCCCUUGCUGCUACCCUGAACAAGAUCAAGGCUGCCCAGGGCUUGAAGCUGUUUAUUGAUUGGCAUUCGUAUUCGCAGUUGUUUAUGUCUCCCUACGGCUACACCUGCUCCGCCGUCCCCACCAAGAACACCGAGUACCAGGCUCUCGCCAAGGGCGCCGUCGCCGCCAUCAAGGCCGUCUACGGCACCACCUUCAACUACGGCCCCAUCUGCUCCACCAUCUACAAGACCACCGGCUCCUCCGUCGACUACGCGCUCGAUGUUACGGGUGCUGAUUACUCCUUCACUUUGGAGCUCAGAGAUACCGGCGCUAACGGAUUCGUCUUGCCUGCUGCGCAAAUUCUGCCGAGUGGUGUCGAGGCGUGGGCCGGGUUGAAGUAUUUGUUGGCUAACAUGAAGUAA